CAGAAGCUUUCUCUAAAUCUGGAGAGGAUAUUGGCUUUCAAUUGCUUAUGAAACCUUGUUUCUAUCAGAAACAGAGUGGAAAAUGCUCCCAGGGGUCGGUGUGUUUGGGACAGGUACAACUGCACGGGUUUUGGUACCUCUGUUGCGUGCUGAAGGUUUCACCAUUGAGGCACUCUGGGGAAGAACAGAAGAAGAGGCCAAGUUGUUGGCAGAGGAAAUGAACAUUUCAUUCUACACGAGUCGGACUGACGAUGUUUUGCUCCAUCAGGAUGUAGAUCUUAUCUGCAUCAAUAUUCCUCCGCCUCUCACCUGCCAAAUUGCUGCUAAAGCAUUAGGUAUUGGAAAGAAUGUGAUUUGUGAAAAAGCAGCUACUUCAGGGGAUGCCUUCAAAAUGGUGAAAGCAGCUCGUUACUAUCCUAAACUCAUGAGUAUUGUUGAUAAUGUACUUCGGUUUCUGCCAGCAUUUGUGAAGAUGAAGCAGUUAAUUGAAGAAGGCUACAUCGGUAAUGUCAUGAUCUGUGAUGUACGUGUAUAUUGGGGCAGUCUUCUCAGCAGCAAAUAUAACUGGAUCUGUGACGAACUGAUGGGUGGGGGUGGGCUUCACACUAUGGGCACCUAUAUUGUAGAUCUGCUGACUCACUUGACCAAUAAGAAGGCUGAGAAGGUCCACGGCCUCCUGAAAACCUUUGUGAAACAAAAUUAUAACAUACAUGGAAUCCGACACGUCACUAGUGAUGAUUUCUGCUUCUUCCAGAUGUUAAUGAAUGAUGGUGUGUGUAGCACUGUUACACUCAACUUCAACAUGCCUGGCCCAUUUAUCCAUGAAGUCAUGAUUGUGGGAUCCACAGGCCGUUUGGUUGCUCGGGGCACAGACUUGUAUGGACAAAAAAAUACUUCCUUCAAGGAGGAGCUGCUGCUUGCUGAUACCAUGUCUAUAAAUAAACCUGGACUGCUAGAGAAAGCAUUCAGCGAUAUUCCCCUUAUAUAUUUAAAAGGCACAGUUUACAUGGUGCAAGCCUUGAGCAAAUCCUUUAAGGAUCAAGAGGAUCGGCGCACUUGGGCCCACAGGCCAGUUUCAAUGGCUGCAUCCUUUGAAGAUGGCCUUUAUAUGCAAAGUGUUGUGGAUGCUAUUAAGAGAUCGAGCAGGUCUGGGGAAUGGGAAGUUAUUGCUAUGAUAACAGAAGAACCAGAUUCUAAUCAGAACCUAUGUGAUGCCUUGCAACGUAAUAACUUGUAGUAAACAUUAUGGAGUAAUAACGCAGUAGAUACAUUUCACCAAAACAGAACCUUAUUCCAAUUCAAAGAUCAUGUUUAAGGUAACAAUACAAUUUCAGGUUAGUUUUUGUAAGUACAUUACAGAUUCUGUGUUUUUGGAGUUGUUUCAGCGUAUGCAGUUAUAACUGCGCAAAUGUCAAGAAACCAUUCUUAAGUUCUAAAUAAAUUCCUAAAUUUUAAUCAUUGUCUGUUAACAGACUAUUUCAACAAGCUGUCAGAUAACAGUAGUUGAGCAAAGAAUGAGAAUGGUACAAGCAUUGAAAUGAUCGUGCUUGCUCAUUCCUAAAGCCACCCUGGAGGAAAAAUUGGAUGCAUUCAAUAUUUCAAAAUCAAUUCUUACAGGCAGAAAACACAUUUAUUCAUAGAAAUUUAAAUAAGGUUUCUAAUACAGCAUUGAAAGUUGUGGCUGACUGUAAAUUUAUGUUUUCCUGUUUUGUAUUGCUCCUUGUCUGUGGACUUACUCCUCUAAAAUUUCAAAAGAAACCUAGCACUGAUCCUGGAAAAAUGUCCCUUUUCCCAGAGGUUAAAUUGCAUGUUUAAUGACAGUUGAAUCUAUUUCUUUUUGUGAUUUGAUUUGAAAAUUUGUUGCAACCUAGAUAAUUCUGUCUAUGGUUUCGGCCUUUAACACAUACUAAUCCUGACCUCUGUGAGGGUGAUGUCAUGGGUAUAGUUUCUUUUGUGGAAUCGGAUGUAAUCACUGAGUGCCGAUGACCUAGUUUCAAAGGAAGAACCAGGUGAGCAGAUCAAAUCACCUUCAGUUUCAGUUAGGAAACAAAUCGCAAGCAAUUUGUCUAAGUUCCAGUGCCAUUAAGCCUUUUGAAAUCACCAAGUUUGCUUAAAGCUUUGUAAAUAAAGUAGAACUGUGUGAUGACAUGAACUAUGUGGAAUGAAGGUACAUUGUUAUCUGUAGUGCCUUAUGUAGGCCAGCCUCUAUUCUCUGUCCUGUCUUUAUGUGCAUACAAGCUAAAUAUCCAAACACACUAACCUGAUCAAUUGGCAGACUUCAUUUUUAGAAGAAUGUUAUUAGUGAUCCUGUCAUGGCAUGCAAUUAUUAUUUAGUACUUAAGCAAUUAACUUGAGUUUUUCCUUUUGGUGUAUUGUUUACAAAUUGACGGUUCUGGUAAAACAAAAAUUUAUUUUAAUAAAUUGGCUAUUGAUAGGACUAGGAGAAAAACAAGUGUUGAGCACCAGUUUAUCCGUAUGGAUACAUAUUUCCCCAUUUUUUGAAAGAUAAAUAUUCUCGUUUAUGAAAAACUCAUUAAAAUUGGGGUGGGGAAAUGUGGUAACGCAGGGAAGGGAUUCGAAUUGACUAAGUAAUUUCAAAAUGUAUAUACCAUAUUUGAAAAAGCAUGGCAAAAAUGGCUGGAAUAUUUUUGUAAUGUGCUGCAUUUGUUUUCCACUUUGAAUUUUGGUGAUGUGAAAUACCAAUUACUGUAAUAGCUGUAAAAGAUGUUUUCGGACCUGUAGAUCUUAAGUUUUUAAGUACAUCCAAGUUGUGUAUUUUUGUCAUAGUUUUUAAAAAGUCUAAAUUUAAUUUUUUCAAACUCUUUGUAUAUGUUGACUCCAAAGAGAUAUUUAUUACAGUCUUAAGUGUUUUUUAUUAAAACUUGUUUGCUUUGCAAGACUGUUCGGGAUGGGGACUGAAUCCGUGUUCAAUAUUCAGCUAGGCUGUUUCACUGAAAUAGUUGAACUGUACAGACAAUUGGGUGACUAUAGAUAUUUAUUUUUCAUUAAAUUCAGAUAUAUGGGUUAUUUAUAUUGAGGUUUAUUUUCCAUUGAUAGGGGUCCAAGCAUUAAACUUGAUAAAUUUCCUGUGUAAAAUGCUGAAAAUAAAAAUGUUUAUUUAAGACGUUUUGUUUUUUUAAAGUAUUAGUGUCCUGUUACUAUAAAGGUGGAACUUUGGGAAAUAGUCUUGUGUCCAUAUGUCAGAAUAUUUGUUUUACAUGUAUAGAUUGUCUAUACAAAAGACAAGAUUGAUAUUUUACUUGAUAAUGUGAUUAAAUUUUGUUUAUGGACACUGAUCUAUUAAUUCUUCAGCAGGUGGUUUUUAAGCAGUUCAAAUAAAGAUGAAAAUAACACUGAAAACAAUGCCUUCCUUUGGUUUGAAUACUGUCCAUUUCCACAUAGAGGAAAUGCAAGUUUUGCUGUAUUUGGGAAAUGUACCCAUUACAUGUUCUGUCUUUGAGUUCUAGCAUGUCGUUGAAACUGUUAAAAGUUUCUGAGCCAGUAAAUUAUUUACCCUGUGUUUCAGAAAUAAAAAUGCUAUUUUAAAAUUGAA